UUCUUAGGUGGCCGAGAGUGGCAAUGCCUUUUUUCUUAACGCAUACGGCUCACAAAUUGCAUGACUACAUUAACUUUGAUUAACAUAUUAACUAGUAAGUCAUUUCCUUCCCAAAUGUAUCUAGUUCUCUGAUCACCUAAUGGUCUACACUCUACAUGUCCAAAUAAGAAAAACCUCUCCCAUUAUGUGUAGUUUGGGAAAUUCAUGUAUCAUUUGCUUGAUUCUGUGGAGCUUAGCUGGCUAACAAUGAAUACUGUGAAGCAAAGUCUCUGGUGGGCUUUUGCAUACAAUAUUGUUGGAAUUCCAAUUGCUGCUGGAUUGUUGUUGCCGGUAAGUGGGACUAUGUUGAUUCCAAUUGCUGGAGCCCUCAUGAGGUUGAGUUCUAUCGGGGUCAUGGCCAAUUCAUUGCUUUUGAGAUUCAAAUUCCUCUCGCAACAGAAACAGAUAUAUGGCUCAUAUGGAAAUGCCUUAACAUCCUUUUGGAUUCUGAUCUUGAAGGGGACCAAAAAGAGAAAAUAGAGCAUCGUUAUUCUGAUGCUAGCUGGAGAGAGAGAGACGAUAACAGUAUACAUGUUUGGGUGAUAUUGGUUUGGGGACUCAACACCAUGAUACAACCUAGUUUCUUUCCCGUCUA